AUGUCGGUCGGAUGGAAAGUCAUCACAUCGGCAGCGACCGUUCCAGUGGCAACUUCAACGAAGAUGGAAGGACUUACAGCUACUAAAAAAACGAAACACGAGAAGAAUUCCGGAACAACUGUCAUCGAAGAAUCGUACGGCCACGAAGCGAUUCCGGACGGCAGCAAUGGACCAACCGACUUGAAGACGACCAAUCCCCCAACAUCCAUGGCGUAUCCUAACUGUGAUUUGAAUAUUUGGUUGCGGUCCUGCGAGAUAGAAGUGAUCAAUCCACUGGAAGGCAUCACUACGGGAGCCAUUCCAUUAUGGGAAGCUUGUACAGAAAUGGGCCCGGAAAGCAAGACUAUGGUCGCCAAAGAGUCAACCAUCUUUUCGACGCUGCUGGGCUUCUGCAUAAAUUUAACGUCCGCAAAUGGCAAAGUAACCUACCAGUCCCGCUAUGUCAACUCGACGUCUUACGUGCUCAACACUGUUGCAGGGCAAUUGGUAGUCCCGGAAUUCACUACUCCAGCAGCUCCCGAUCCGUGUAAAUCCAUAUUCCACAGGAUCAGCUCGUUAUUCGUUUUGGAUCAAGUCGUUUCAGACAACGCGAUGAUUAGUAUUUAUCCGAUGGCCAAGGAUCUUUACGCCUUCGCCGAGACUCCGUUCAUCCAUCGCAUCGAUCCUGUAACUAUGGAAACGACAAGACGAGAAAGCCUUCACGAGACGCUGAGUGUCUUCAAUCAAUCGUCUCAUCCGCACAUCACAGAGAGCGGAGAAGCUUAUCAACUCGGCCAGAAAAUCGGAGCUAAAGGACCGAGCUAUGACGUUAUUCAUUACCCUGAAGAGAAGUUUAAAUAA